UUUUCUUAAACCGCAUGGUUCAACUUUACCUUGACGCAUAGAAUAAUGCAAAACAGUUUAAUUUAUCUGCGUUUGAAGUCCUGCCUUUUUUACUUUUAAGAAAUUUACGUGAGUAAUAACAGUUAUGUCGUCCGAGAGUCAGUCGUUCUGUAGAUUACUACUAAGUAUUAGGAAUUUAUUCAUCGUCAUAUUAACUCCAGUUGUUUUAUUACCACUGAUUCUUCUUGUUGAAGGAAACGAAGCAAAAUGUGCAUACGUGAUAAUCAUAAUGGCUGUGUUUUGGAUAACAGAAGCUCUGCCGAUUUCUGUUACGGCACUUCUACCAAUCAUCCUAUUUCCUAUGGUCGGACUUCUGUAUGCAAAAGAUGUAUCGAAAACAUACCUCAAUGACACUACAGCUUUAUUUAUUGGAGGUUUGAUCGUUGCAGCAGCCAUUGAGCAUUGGGAUAUACAUAAACGUCUUGCCCUUAGAGUCCUUUUGCUUGUCGGGUCAGAGCCACGAUGGUUGAUGUUUGGGAUGAUGUUGCCCACGUGGUUCCUGUCAAUGUGGAUUAGUAACACAGCAACCACCGCCAUGAUGAUUCCUAUAGCUAACGCUGUCCUGGUCACAAUGAAAGAGACAAGAGAGGCAGAGAAAAAGGACGAAGCCAUAGCUAUUGACCAGGGUGAGGUUGAUUUUGAACUGAAAGUUGUACAGAAUGGCACAAAACAUAGCUCUAAUGGCAACCUAGCAAAUGACCAAGAAAAUCAGUCGAGAGAAAAUUCAAAGAAACGAGCUGACGAAGAAAAAGCGGAAAAUGCAGAGUUCUCACGUAUCUGUAAGGCACUGUCGUUAGGAAUAGCUUACUCCGCUAACUGUGGGGGAGUGGCUAGCCUGACCGGAACUGGUCCUAACAUUGUCAUGAAAGGGGCUGCAGACACUGCUUUUGAAGAGAAAAAUGUCCAAUCCCCAGUUACCUUUACAACGUGGAUGCAGUACUGUUUACCGAUAUCCGCCAUAUUGGUUAUCUUUGUCUGGGCAUGGCUCCAGGUCCUGUUUCUACACUGCAAAACUUACAAUAGAAAAUCCCCUGAGCAAUCAAAGAAAGUGAAAAAUGUUAUAAGAAAGGAAUAUGAAGAGCUUGGACCAAUCACAUUUGGACAAGGAGCAGUGAUAGUUCACUUUGUAAUGCUAGCAUUAUUGUGGGUCACCAGAGACUUAGGGGGAGUCGGAGGAUGGGGUGAUAUAUUUCCAGAAAAAACCGUAACUGACUCCACACCGGCUAUUCUUGUCGCCAUCAGCCUUUUUCUAUUUCCCUCUGUUUUACCUCACACAUUCAAAGAGAAGGGAAAACCUUUACCUCCUCUUCUAUCUUGGAAGGCAGCGGAGAAAAAGGUUCCGUGGGGAAUAGUUUUGUUGAUUGGAGGAGGUUUUGCUAUAGCAAAAGGAAGUCAGGACUCGGGAUUAUCGAAAUUAAUAGGUGAACAAUUAACUGUAUUUAAAGAUUUUGAUCUAUGGCUGAUGAACUUAAAUUUAUGUUUAAUGGUUGCUGCUGCCACAGAAGUAACAAGUAAUGUUGCAAUAUGUACCCUGAUGAUGCCCAUUAUGAAAGAACUGGCUGUUACGCUUGAAGUUAACCCACUUUAUUUCAUGUUUCCUACGGCCAUUGCUACAUCAUUUGCUUUCAUGCUUCCUGUUGCCACUCCCCCGAACGCAGUUGUCUUUUCUUAUGGGUUUGUGCGGGUUCUAGACAUGGUUAUAGCUGGAUUUCCAUUGAACAUAAUUGCUGUCUUGGUAUUAGUUCUCGGAACUGAAACCUGGGGAGAAGCAAUAUUUGGAUUCCACACGCUUCCUAAUGCCUUUAAAACAAGGAAUGAUACUACGAGUUUUGAAAACUUCACAACAGCCUUUAUGAACACUUCAACAUACCUGACAACAAUUUCUUCAUUAAACGGAACUACGUUUUAGUGGUCGAUAAUUUUACAGAAAUGUGCAAUAUUAAAGUAAAAAUGAAAUAAAGUAAUGCUUUCAAUAUACAUCUCUAUCACUAUAAAUUAUAUGCCACAUCACAUACCUGAGCACAUUAGCUACUGCAAGAGAAAAGAAAAAAAGUUUCAGAAUUGAAAAGUUUAAGAUUUUGAAAUUAUCUCAUUUACAUAUUUACAUGUACCAUGAGUUCUAUCUGGGGUGAUGAAUUGAAUAGACAAUUUUACAAUACCCCAGAAUAAAUAUUCCCUAUUGAUUUAAAUAAUCAUGGUCUUGUUAUUUAAAGCAAUGUUUUAAAUUCUAUUUUUUUCCAUUUAACUCAAUAUGUAUUUAAUUUAUAUCCUGUUGUGGACACAACAACAUUUCAAGUUUGGAAGACACUUAAAUUUACAUCUGAUUAUGCUUCUGUAUUCAUAUGACUAAUCAUACAGCUUUGCUGUUUUUAAGAAGGAUAUUUUUAUAAACUUUUUGCAAUAUUCGUGAUAUAUUUCUAUGCAGAACUGUUAUACUGUGAUCGUAUCCUAUAUGUUUACCACUUAGGGUCAUUAUUUAAACAACAUGAACAAUUUAAGCAAUUUAGUUCCUAAGUUUCAAACGUACUAUUCCGUGAGUCCCCAAGAUCUCUCUGCAAUUCGAAUUGGCAUUCGGCCAGCGUGAAAAGCGUGCAGUUUUUAACAACUUUCGUCAUUUCCUCACUUAGCUUUGUCAGUUAACUCGUGAACUAAAAUCA